CUCUGAAAAUCGCGAGGGAUUGGAUUAUUCUUCAUUUGCAUUUCUUGAAAAUUAUAACAGACAUUUCCACGGGGGCACGGCCCAUACUACUGUUCGUUUUCUCUUUUGAGUAUUUAUUUUAAAAUUCAUUUGCCCUAUUUAUCUGCUCCGUUUUAUUUCUCUGUAUCAGAGCACUCGGUUCUGCAACUUGAUCUCCAUCUCCGACUAUCCCCUUCUUCGUAUAAGGAUUAGGUAGAACGAACCAUGGCGAUUUACGUAUUGUCUCGGCGGCUCUCCGGUGGAUCGACGCCGGCGGCGGCGCUUCGUUACGCCAACGCGCUGAGAUCAUAUUCGACCUCGUUUAGGGAGGAGAGGGACACCUUUGGUCCGAUCCAAGUUCCUUCUGAUAAAUUGUGGGGAGCUCAGACACAGAGAUCUUUGCAGAACUUCGAAAUCGGCGGCGAGCGUGAGCGGAUGCCCGAACCUAUCGUUCGCGCCUUUGGUGUCCUCAAGAAAUGUGCUGCCAAGGUAAACAUGGAAUAUGGUCUUGACCCAACGAUCGGGAAAGCCAUUAUGCAAGCAGCACAGGAGGUAGCCGAGGGUAAGCUGAAUGAUCAUUUUCCCCUUGUUGUGUGGCAAACCGGCAGUGGCACUCAGAGUAACAUGAACGCAAAUGAGGUCAUUGCUAACAGAGCAGCUGAGAUCCUCGGCCGCAAACGUGGCGAAAAAUUUGUGCACCCAAAUGACCAUGUGAACAGAUCACAAUCUUCUAAUGAUACUUUUCCAACUGUCAUGCACAUUGCUGCUGCAACGGAGAUUAAUUCGAGGCUGAUCCCGAGCUUGAAAACCUUGCAUAGCACUCUCGAUUCUAAGUCCCUGGAGUUCAAAGAUAUUGUGAAGAUCGGAAGAACUCAUACUCAAGAUGCGACACCUUUGACUCUCGGACAAGAGUUUGGUGGCUAUGCUACUCAAGUUAAGUAUGGAACCGAUAGAGUCGCUUGUACUCUCCCGCGCCUAUAUCAGCUCGCACAAGGUGGAACUGCGGUUGGAACAGGAUUAAACACAAAGAAAGGGUUCGAUGUCAAGAUAGCUGCUGCAGUAGCUGAAGAAACAAACUUGCCAUUUAUCACCGCGGAGAACAAGUUUGAAGCUCUGGCUGCACAUGAUGCUUGUGUUGAAACUAGCGGAUCCCUUAACACAAUUGCUGCAUCAUUGAUGAAGAUCGCCAAUGACAUACGUUUUCUGGGAAGCGGUCCACGAUGUGGCCUGGGUGAACUCAUUCUACCUGAAAAUGAGCCAGGAAGCAGUAUCAUGCCUGGGAAGGUAAACCCUACACAAUGUGAGGCCUUGACUAUGGUUUGCGCUCAGGUCAUGGGCAACCAUGUCGCUGUCACUGUUGGUGGAUCAAACGGCCAUUUUGAACUGAAUGUUUUCAAGCCAGUGAUUGCUAGUGCCCUCUUACAUUCCAUCAGAUUGAUAGGAGACGCAUCCUCCUCCUUUGAGAAAAACUGCGUGAGAGGAAUUCAAGCAAACAGAGAAAGGAUUUCAAAGUUGCUGCAUGAGUCUCUCAUGCUUGUGACAUCAUUGAACCCGAAAAUCGGGUACGACAAUGCUGCAGCAGUUGCCAAGAAAGCCCACAAAGAAGGAACAACACUGAAGGACGCUGCUCUGAAUUUGGGAGUUCUUUCGCCGGAAGAGUUUGAUAACCUCGUAGUCCCCGAGAAGAUGAUCGGUCCAUCCGAUUGAAGACAAUUUUAUUCAAGUGCACCUUCUUCGAGAUUCAUCGUGCCCGAGGCUUCUUCAUAACCGAUAAUAAGAGCUGCUCAGACUGGGUGUUGUCGUCGACCUCGGCCUACCAUUUUUUCCAUCUCUAUUACUCGGAUAGAUUCAAUAAAGAACGAACCCUAAAAAUUGUUUCAUGAUCCUGAGGUCUUUUUUUUCCUUUCUUUCUUUGUCUUGUAUUCGCCUCCCCCGCCUGAGAAAGAUUUAGGCAGCCAAGUGAAAGGUGGAAGCACAAUUCAUGAGAGCUUUGUUUAGGGAAGAUACGUCAAGAUGGUCUUCCUCCCCAACGAUGUCGUUUUGCAUAUUUUCUGGUUGUGAUCUUUCUACUUGAA